AUGUCAAAGAAUACGUACCUUUCCUGGGCAACUGAUGGAGUUCCUGGAAUGCUACCAUUGGCAAUAUGCCCGUUACUCUUUGGAGUUGGGGGCACAUCUGAUGGCGCAGCCGAUCUUGGUGUUGGUGGGACACUCGAUGGAGCAGCAGAUCUUGGAGUUGGUGGCACCUCCGAUGGGGCUGCGGAUUUUGGAGUUGGUGGAACCUCGGAAGGAGCAGCCGACUUCGGUGUUGGUGGCACCUCAGAGGGUGCAGCAGACUUUGGAGUUGGUGGAACCUCGGAUGGGGCAGCGGAUUUUGGUGUAGCUGGCACCUCGGAUGGGGCAGCUGAUUUUGGAGUUGCUUCCUCUGCCGCUGGCUCAUCAGCUGGAGCUUCUUCAACAGCUACCUCAACAACUGGUUCCUCAGCUGGAGCGGCUUCUUCAGCAACUGGUUCCUCUGCUGGAGCUUCCUCUGCUGGAGCAGCUUCUUCUGGGGCGGCUUCUUCAACAACUGGCUCCUCGGCUGGAGCUUCUUCAGCUGGAGCGGCCUCUUCUGGAGCAGCUUCCUCGGCUGGAGCUGCCUCCUCAGCUGGGGCUUCCUCAGCUGGAGCUGCCUCUUCAGCGGCUGGAGCUGAUUCUUCGACCUGA